UCGCCUGACAGACGGAGGCAGUCCUCCUCUCUAUCUGUCUGCCUCUCCGUUUGUCCAUCGUCACGUUGAGGUGAAAAUAAAGCUCGGUAAUGGAGACUGCUGUGAACCGAGGCUCUUGCUUUUCUCCUCGUCGGAGAUACACAAACUCACUGGACAAAUAAGGCGUCAAAUGACAAGCACCGGUUUUCAACGCUUGUCUUCUUCUUCUUCUUCUUCUUCUUCUUCUUCUUCUUCUUUUUUCUUCUUCUUCUUCUUCUUCUUCUUCUUCUUCUUCUUCUUCUUCAUCAACGCUUCUUCAAAAACAGAUGCUCUGCUCGGGAAGUUACGGACAAAACACGGAUAAAUCUGCCAAGUCGUCUUCUUCAAUUUCCAAAAGGCGCUCUCAUCCGAAGGAUUUCUUCUUCUCUGAGCCUGCUCUUCUCUGACCUCAACAAGAGACUCUUCACCCUGUCCUACAAGUACCUAUCGUUCCAUCUGACAGUGAGGAACCUGUAGUUCUACCUUCUACUGAAACCUCCUCCUACUCAGAUCGAGGCUUCUGAGAAAUGAGCUACAAAUGAAUCACCUUCACGGUCAUCAGUCAUCUCUACUUGGCCUGGGGGUCUUCUAGAAGGUCAAACCUCCUUGCCACCAUGAAAGGGUUGGGGACCAACCGCAACAGACACCUGUCUGACUCCUGUGAACCUUCCUCAGGCCAUCCAGAGGCCCUCUACUCUCAGAAGACCAGCACCCUCCCACGCAGCCCUUACCUGUUGAGCCCCACAAUGGACCACUAUGGCACCAUGGACCCCCACCUCUAUCCUUCAGCCAACCCAGGCUCCCUUCCACCAGACUGCAUGCUGCCCCUCAACAACCAGCUGUCCAACAGCAGCACCUUCCCUAGGAUUCACUACAACUCCUACGAUCAGUCUGACUUCUCCCCACCUGGAGACAGCAUCGGGGGGAUAAGUACAGGGACCAUGGGCACGUCCAUGUCUAUGGGCAUGGGAACAGGUAUGGGCAUGGGCAUGGGCAUGGGCAUGGCAGGGCUGAGUGGACGAACACCUAUGAUUACGAGCGGUUCAGCAACUAUAUCACAUCAUAUGACCAAGAAUCAGGCACCAUCCAGUCUGCUGGAGUUCGAUAAGCAGCUACCUGGAGGCCAUGAUGGAUUCAGCACAUUGCAGUUUCAUCGAACGUCUGCUGUUGCUGCCGACAAGCAGCGCACAGACAGUCCUGGUCGUAUCCGUUACAUGCUGCACUCAGUACAGAAGCUCUUUGCAAAGUCCCAGUCACUGGAGAGCCACAACAUGAAAGGAAAUGUCAAUGGACGCUCCACUGGCAGUGGUGGAGGCUCAUCUGGCACUGAAGACGGAGGGAAGCAGAAUCGCAGAGCUAAAAGUAAAGAUCGGGGUACAAAAGCAGAGGCAACAGCCAAGAGACGACCACGCUCCAACAUGUCAGGUUAUUGGAGUUCAGACGAUUUGGACAGCAGUGAUUUGAGCAGCUACCAUAACACCAUGGCCAUGAUGACUCUGGGACGUCCAACUGGCCAUGACAGCCAGGGGGGCCAGACCAGAUACAUCCACAGUGGCUACAACACUAUCAGCUCCUCCAAAAGCAGCAAUGACAUGAAGUAUCAGACACAUACUGGGCCUGGGGGUGGAGGAGGUGAUAGACUAGGUGGAGCAGGAAGAAUGGUAAUAAAUGAUAAUGACUAUAUGAAAGGAGGGUCCUGGUCCACAAUGACCAUGGGCCAGCCGAGACAGGUGAUCCAGAAGGGCUCAGCUACUCUGGACAGGUCCCUGCUCAAGUCCAAAUCCUGCCAACCUGAACUAACCUGCAACUACCUACAGGUUGGACGAAGGGGUGAUUGGAGUAGCACAUUAGGCCGCAGCGGGGGUGCCAAUGAAAUCCCAUGUCGGCGGAUGCGAAGUGGUAGCUAUGUGAAGGCCAUGGGCGACAUGGAGGACAGCGACGACUCAGAGGGAAGCCCCAAACCCUCGCCAAAAACCACCGCUCGUCGCCAGAGCUACCUCAGGGCUACGCAGCAGUCUCUGAGCGACCAGCUACCCCAACGCAACAGAACCCUGGAUUACACCUUGUUGCAAGGGGAGCUGGAUGCCCUGUGGUCUCCACUCCACAGUGUGUCCUCUCUGCACCAGCUGGGCAGGUCAAUGAGCAGCUGUCUUCCGUCUCUCAGAGAGCUCUCCAAUAAUCGCAGCCUGGACAACCUGGACUGUAUUGGGGGUACAAUCUCAUCUUUGCCACGCUGGGAUGAUGAUGACUUCAGCCAGGCCUGCAGCACCUUGGGCAGACGUAGCUGCUUGGGACAGCUACGGGACCUGGAAAUGAGUCAUCAUUAUGAGGACCGCAGCUCCGAGUCCACAUUCAGAGAUUCCCGUUCCCACUCUCAGGACAACCCAGAGCCUCUAGACUUGCCCAUGCCAACAUGCUUCCGAUCCCGCAGCCACAGCUACCUGAGAGCCAUCCAGGCUGGCUGUUCCCAAGAUGAUGACACAGCAUCCAUAGACUCAGGCUGCUCACCGCCUCCAAUUGACACCACUGUUCGCACCUAUAGCACCAACACUGUUUCUUCAUGCAUAACCACCUGUAAGAAGGCUGCUCCUCCACCAGUGCCGCCCCGUACAACCUCCAAGCCCUACAUCUCUGUGACAGUACAGAGCAGCACAGAGUCUGCCCAAGACAACUACCUAGACCAGCAGGACCGGAGGUCAGAGGUCAACAGCCAGUCAAGCCACGCUCACAGCAACUCCUCCGACAGCCUUGACAGCACCCGUGCCAACAGCCUGGCACGGGGUAUUCCCCGCCCUCCACACAUCAUCCCCACUCCCAUCGCUAUCCCCAGAGAGCCAAUCGCGCCCACCACCACUAAUGCUUCCACUGAGACAAGUGACUCAGUAGUCCAGCAUGAAUCACUGAAAUCAGGAUUAAACAAAGGAAAUCUAGUGGCAGAGGAGCCCCUAGUGGCGCCAGUACCCAGGCGGAAACUCUCCUCCAUUGGCAUACAGGUCGACUGUAUUCAGGAAGUUCCACGAGAAGAGACCCCGCCAUUGGCCAAAUUUCAGUCAAUCGGAGUACAGGUGGAGGACGGGUGGCAGCUCAGUCGCUCCAGUAGCAUGGCCUCAAAACAAGAAACCGACUCAGACACACAAGACAUCCCCGUCACCUCCCAUAUCAAUAACGCCAAACACUUUGAGAAGAAAGUCAUGGUCAAUAGUGCCAGCCAAUCCAUGAGCUCCCCUCCUGGACAAGAAUAUUUAGACAACGGAGACACUACUGGUGUCAACUCUUCACCUCCACCGACCAGGCAGAUCCUCAACCGCUCCACCACACGAAGUAGCUCUUCCUCCUUCUCAGAAAGUCUGGACCCAGCGCUGGACCCCUCGUCCCUACCGCCUCCAGACCCUUGGCUGGAGAGUGGCAAUGGGAGUAACAGCAAUUGUCCCCAAAGCGGAGGAGCGGGAACACUGUGCCGGAGAGACGGCCACUGGUUCCUAAAGCUGCUGCAGGCCGAGACGGGACGCAUGGAAGGCUGGUGCCAGCAGAUGGAGCAGGAGACCAAAGACAACCAGCUCUCAGAGGAGGUGCUGGGGAAGGUUCGCAGUGCAGUAGGAUGUGCCCAGCUCCUUAUGUCCCAGAAGUUCCAACAGUUUCGGGGACUGUGUGAACAAAACUUGAAUGUGAAUGCCAACCCACGGGCCACAGCCCAGGACCUGGCAGGUUUCUGGGACCUGCUGCAGCUCUCCAUUGAGGACAUCAGCCUCAAGUUCGAUGAGCUCUACCAUCUCAAGUCCAAUGACUGGCAGCCAAUGCCGUCUGCGGCUGCCCAGUCGCCCCCUGAGCGGAAGGACGGGGAGAAGGAGGCCGCUCCAGCGUCAAAGAAGCCCGGUAAGGGACGACCGUCGCUGGGCCGUGAGAAGAGUGCAGACUCCUCAUCCACCUCUUCUUCGGCCUCAGCAGAGAAGCAGAGACACGAGGCACGCAAGCGUCUACUGGCUGCUAAAAAGGCUGCCUCGUUUCGCCAGAACUCCGCCACAGAGAGCGCGGACAGCAUCGAAAUCUAUGUCCCAGAGGCCCAGACUCGCCUCUGAGAGAGACACUGAGAGGGAAGGAAAUAGGAUCGGAUCAAAGGACAGAUAGGUGUCACUUAAAUACCUGGGGGGAGGGGGAAAGAGAGGAAAACUUUUGCAAUACAAAUGAGCUGAGUAAAGAUGGAUGGAUGGGGGAGGAGACAUCAAAUUCCCAGAGAUUGGGGUGGGAGUAGAUUUGGGCAUUUUUCACACACUCAUACAGUUAUAGGCUGGUCCUGGUGGCAUCAGACACUUAUUUAACAAAACAGAAAAUGAAAAAUUGACCUUUUGUAGACUCAACAGACUAUGAAGCAGGAGACUCCUCAUUUGAGGCUGCCAUUGAAAACCUCAGCUGAUAAACUUUGUCAUUUCUUGUUAUUACUCCUGAUAUCAUAAAAUUGCUAUUUAAAGUAUUGUUAUUAUGACAAUUAUAUCCUAAAGUAUCUAUACAAAGACUGUUUUAAACGUUCCUCUAUCUUGGCUAUAAGAUCUAUUAAGUGGACAGAAGGCAAACAUUAAUGCUCUUCUGUCUCCCAUCGUCGUCCUCUCUUCCCAGAUCAUUGGCCAUCUUGUAGCUUUGCACAACACCGCCUUGUGGCCACAAGCACUGCACUCACACACUACAAACUCACACCUAUGUACGUCUUCCUUGUAUUUAUUUGUUUACUCAUCCUUUGUUUUGUAUAAAAAUCCAUUUAGAUCUAGUUAUUAUGAAUAUUUUUGGAAUGAUGAAAUUGAAAGUCAGAUUUGAAGGGGUAUUUAUAUAGUUCCUAACAAUUGUGUGUCCUACAAAAUGUUCUUGUGUCAAAGAUUUUAAACACUGGUGAGAAUCUUUAAAGUUUAGUUUCUUAAUUAUUUUUAAUGAGAAUGGAUCAUAAUAAUGAUGACAGCAUGAAGAUCUCUCUUUCAGUCAGAACAUCAGUGGCCACAAUAUUACUGAAUAUAAUUUUCUUUGGGAGGAAAAACUCAACUCUUUUUAAAUCUCUUGCUUCUCCCUGUCCCAUUAACUUUGCUUUUCAUGUUUGUGCUCUAACUGCAGAUGCGUGGAUAUUUCAGUCAGGAUUUUUGUUCCAUCUGUUUAAUGCUUCUUUAAGUGCUUUUAUUAACCUCACUUAGCAUUCAACUCAUACAUCUCGAAUGAAUCUAGGGCUUUUAUUGAAGUAGCUCAGCAGCAAGCUGGAUAAUAUUGCGUUAUUGUUUGUGGAGACACACAUUAGGACAUGUCUUGCUGUCGUUUUAUACUAUGUUUCUGUAAUUAUUUUUGAUUUAUUUUGCCUUCCAUCACUCAACAAAGUCAAUCUUAGUUCUUUGAAACCAUUAUUGUUUCCCCUCAUUGAAGUACCUGCACUUUUUUAUUCAAAGAAAAGAUAUUUAAUUAAAUCAUUAAAUACAUUAGUCAAUGUGUUUUCAUCAUUUAUUAAAUUCUACUUGCUUUUGUUUUUGUUUUUUUAUGGAAGACUGAAUAAGCCAAAGAUGGAUUCACCGUUUCAAAUUCAUCUGACAAAUUUAAAUGUCAGCAGCAGGGAGCUCAACAGUAACAGCGCUUACUGUGAAAAUAGAGUGGAGUGUAGCCACAGCACCGCAUGUAUCACAGGUUUAAUGUUUGGAUAGGCACAUGCCCAGAAGCUUAACCAGAACUGCCCGUCAUUACAACGUAAUAUUGCUUAGGAGCUUCACGACCUGGACCUUUCCCCUUCUCAGCCAGGGAACUGACAUCGUGAAAUGUUUAAUUUCUUACCUCUAGAGGGCAACAGUGGUUAAUUUUCAAUCCAAGAUACAGUACAUUGUAGUAUGCUGUAUGCAUGCAAAGCAAGAGGCAUUCACAUUAUAAGACAAUGUUCAGUCUUGCCCUGUUUUGCAUUAAGAGGAUCCAUUGUGGGGAUUACACAUAUUUGCAGACUCCUCUGUUGUUUGAAGCCAGUUCCCAAAACAAAGAGGCCUCUUGGUUUAUGAGUCAUUCACGUAGACACACUUUAGAAUUUCACUCUAGAAGUACACAUGCAACCACAAAGCCAACCCUGACAUGCUUACAUCAACCACAGUUGCUUGCCUUGGUUUCUUCCGAAUGCUAAGCAAAUCUAACUUCCCUUUCCUAAUUAGUUAUGUAAACUAUUACAAGAGCAUUGCUUUGGCUGCUGCAAUGCCUCUUUCACGCCUACUGUGACCCAAAAAUGCAGCCUAAGGCUUUGAAUUAGAAUAGCCUGAUGACCACCAUUCUCUCUCUAUCUUGACAAGAGCUUUCUCUUGAUGGCGGGCCUUUUGUUUGCCUGUUGUGUUUGCUGGCUGGGGAUGACUCUCAGCUUUGAAAAUGGCUCAGGGGUGUCAAUAGUCGGUUCCCUGGUGGCUGUCAUUGCCCCUCACCCCCCCUGUUUUUAGUGGGGUGGAUAGCAUCGUUAACACCUGAAGGCCUUUUGUGUGACUUGAACUCAGUCGUUGGCUUGAUUUGAUUUCUGACUGCCAGGAAAAAGUUGUGUCUGACAAGUUGUUUUAAGGUGUCUACCAGUUUUCAGACAGAUUGUUAUUGACACAUUUUGUAUUAUCUUUGUCAUGGAAGAGAAUGAACACGUCUCAAGAGGAAGAUUUUUGUGUAAACAGCGUAGCUUGAAGGCGAUAUAUUGCAACAAUUAGAUUUAAAUCUCUUUCCCAUAUGCAACCACUGCCAGAAUAUUUUUAACAUUUAAAACACUUCCAUAACAUAUCAUUUCCUUUUUUUCUUUUUUUUCAUUUGACACGUUUAGGCCCGAACCCUGCUGUCACCCUUCCUCACACAAAAAAAAAAAACACAUCAAACACAAUGUGGCAUCUCAAGUAUGCUGAGGGAAGGAGGGCAUGAACACAGAGAAAGUUGUUCUAUGAUCUAACCUUCACAAACUGAAAGGCAAUGCUUUUCCAGCCCGCUUAAACUUGGAUGUGUAAAAUGCCAAGAGAUGUCAGUGACCUACUUAAAGAGAGCUCAUCUCAUACAUUUAAACAAGGCUUGCCUCCAAUACACAGAUAUCACUUGGGCACACCUAGAUCUAUUUCCUGGGUAGGGUUAUCCAUGAUCCAAACAGCUGCACUGUGGGGGGGGGGGGUUCGUUGUUGUAAAACCAUUGAUUAGAGGGUGAUAAUGGCCCCCCAUAUAGGUUUGAAGGAUUUCGCCCAAGUCAGAACUGUCAUUCUAUCAGCAUUUGCUUAAGCAGCGGUCUGUUUUGGUCAAGCUUAUAUUCAGCUGCACUCUUUAGUGUGCCUCCUUCAACCACAAUAGUGAAGUUGGUAGAAUAUCUUAUCCAUAAAUGCGGAGAAAAAAAAUUUAAUGUUAAGCAAGAAAAAAAUAAAUCAUUAUUUACAAUGUGGCUAUGGGCCAAAUUGUACUAUAUGUUCUGUGAUACUAAUGUACCUUUUCGGUUUUUACUUUCUUCCUCUAAAAAUGGGUUUUACAUCACACAUAUAUAUACAGUUUAGCUACCCUUUAAGAUUGUUUUAUGUAUUUUUCUGCAUUCUAGGACUGAGGGGAAAAAGAUUUGGUUCUUUCAAAUUAUAAAUUAAAAAUAAUAAUCUUGCAUUUCUCCUGCUGUUGUUUUUCUGUAAAUAGACCAGACUGAAAAUCUUCAUCUUUUACAAUGCUGUAGAUCUAUUUAUACUAUUUCAAGGUUGUUCAAAUGUAUAAUAGAGAGAUGUAACAUUCAAUAAAAUGCACACAAUACUUUCUCAAAAAGUU